UAUCCACGAUCUAACUAGGGCUGUGAUGGACAUUCCUCCUGGUAGCAAUUUCGUAUCGCAUCAUGGUCCAAACAGGACAAGAUGGAAAGCGAAUAUAAUCUACAGUGCUAUUUUCCUCACCAGCAUACUGUCCACCUUUAUUCUAGCAACUUCAGCUGAAAUCCUGGACACCAAUCCAGUUCUAUACCGGUUCCUCACCCCCGACAACUCAACCCCCGAAGGGUUCAACAACUGCUCGCAGCCCUGCCUGGUGUCGGAUAAUGGAACUGUGGGGAAUCUCACCAAUAAAUCUUCGCUUGACUUUUACGUCGACGAACCUCUGGCUGACAUCAUUUUGCUCGGAUUCCUUUCACUGUUCCUCGGUCUUAUGAUCCUGGUUACCAUCAUCGGAAAUGUAUUUGUCAUUGCGGCCAUCCUCCUAGAGAAGUACCUACAAAAUGUGGCAAACUAUCUUGUCGUGUCUCUAGCUGUGGCCGAUCUGAUGGUAGCCUGUCUGGUAAUGCCCUUAGGAGCUGUUUAUGUGAUAAGCAAUAACUGGAUAAUGGGUCCAGAAAUCUGUGAUUUGUGGACAUCCACAGAUGUACUUUGUUGCACAGCAUCGAUUCUGCAUCUAGUGGCUAUUGCUGUAGAUAGAUAUUGGGCUGUUACAAAUGUGGACUAUAUACACACCAGAAACAGCCGAAGAAUAGGCAUCAUGAUAGUGAUCAUAUGGGGUAUAGCACUCAUAGUAUCCCUAGCUCCCCAGAUACCCCAGUUCAAAGAUCCCGACUACAUCAUGAGAAUAGAACAGAGGAAACAGUGCAUCGUUAGCCAAGAUCUAAAGUACCAAAUCUUCGCAACAAGCUCUACAUUCUACGUGCCACUCUUCAUGAUCUUCAUCCUGUAUUGGAAGAUAUUCCAAGCUGCUCGGAAACAGAUAAGGAAAAGGAGAGAACUGAAGGGCGGCGGAAAGCUCGACGUGGAAGAGAAGAUCAACAACAACAGCAAAACGCCGAAGAAUUUCAUCAUCAGACGCAUCCGGAUCAGGAAGAGCGCGAAGAAAAAGAUAACGGAGUCCUUGGCCUGCUCUCUGGUGACCAUGGAGGGACAAUCGACCACCACCAUGGAGAUUGUCGAGGAGGAAUGCGAGGAGAAGUCUGAAGACACCACGGCGUUCACCAUAUCCAAACCUUCCGCGACCCCCAAAAAGAACCCUGAGGCACCCCCCGUCUCGAACAACGUGUCCCCCGAGAAAUCAUCAGCGACCACCAACAACGGUUCUGCCAGCCACCAGAGCCACAUCAGCGAUUUGAGUAGGGUAGAAAUAAUAACUAAGGAAAUUGCUCAGUGCCCGACAUCGGUGGAUAAAUUGCUGCCAUCGAAGAGGGAGAAAAAGGAGACGUUGGAGGCGAAAAGGGAGCGAAAAGCUGCAAAAACUCUAGCAAUUAUUACCGGAGCUUUCGUAGUUUGUUGGUUGCCUUUUUUCAUUCUAGCUUUGGUGUUGCCUCUGUGUAAGGACAAUUGUAACAUAAGUGACUAUGUGAUGAGUUUCGCUUCCUGGCUGGGAUAUUUCAACUCCGCUUUGAAUCCCGUCUUGUACACGAUAUUCAACCCAGAGUUCAGACAGGCGUUCAAAGUUAUCCUUUGCGGCGGUAGGAGAAGAGGCAGGAAUAUGAGAUCCAUGAGAUAAAAAAUUCCCGAAUAGUUAGAUUCAGUAGAUUUAAUUCAACAAAAAAGAACUGAUACUGGAGAGGAUACCUUGUUGUUCGAUUUACCGAAGAAACUGAGCAUUCUCGGUUGAAUAGCUUUCCUUUUCUCGCCCUUUUGAGCGUAAAUUUGGUCGUUUUUCAGACGGGUAAGUUUCCCCGAACUGCAAAGUUUCACUUCCGGUCUCUCCGGGGUGAAGAUCUCAGAUAGAACGUGAAAUAUGCAAGAGCGAGAGAUAACAGGUCGUGGGGAUCGUUGCAUUCCAGCGAAAAAUUGGAUUUUGUGCUGGAUAAACUGUGAGAAAAUUCGAAUCAUGCGGCCGCAUAAAAUUUGCAACUGAUCGAAACGGGCGAUUGAUCAUUUCCAGAUCGAAGACGAAUAUAUCCAGAAAUACUCCGGAUGCUCUAGGCCAGUGAAAAUAUUUCUGUGGAAUUCCAUCUUGCUACGACAUCCACUUGAUGAGAUAUACUGAAGGAUGUUUGUUGCAUUCUUCAUGUAUGAGAAUCUUUUCUAUCGAUUUCUAGAAUCUUGCUUUAUUAGGAAUUUUGAACACCAAACCGCAACACCAGAAUCACCAAUUCCUCAGUAGCCCAAAAUAUCGAUCAAUUUUCUCAAUACUUCCUUUUUCAACCCUUAAACUCCACGUCAUCUCAACCAACGAAUAGCUGGAUCAUGGUUGACUCCAUUAACGUUUCUCCAUUUUUGGAGUUAAAUCUUCUGUAAAAGGGGCACUUUCACAUAAUAUUUCUCCAUUUCACAUAGCGUUUCAUGCAUUUAUAUCUGGGAUUUAAUGGGAAUACACAUAGCUAGGAAAUAAUAUUAUGUCCACGGGGUAUUAAAGCAAUAACCACUUAUUUUGUUCCAUUCCUUCCGUACUACUGAGCCCUAAUAGGUUUCUCGGCAACGACAGAAAUAUUUUCGAAUCCAGUUGAAAUUUAUGAACGUCUGAGCGUAGGUUUUGUCGUCUAUUGAAUAAAGUUAUUGUGAUUUAUCUGGACAAUUUGCGUUCAUACUUG